AAGAAGAAGAAAGAAGAAGAAGAAGAAGAAGAAGCGUCAGAAUUCUAAACUGUUUCUGACAACAUCCUAAGGUGUAGGGAGGCUAUUUGUCUGAACUUGGAGCUCGAAGCCUGGAAAAAAAAGUUAGAUAAGUAUAUUUGUGAUUAAUUUGCUUCGGCUCUUGCCAGAAACACCCCUACAGAGUCUAUAGGGCGAGGACGGGGGCGGGAUAACAGGACAGAAGGCUGUCUUUAAGGCUGUGCGCUGACGCCUUCUUCUGUAACGUUAGUGUAGUUAGUAAGGUAACCUAAGAUAACGCUAUCUUUUGAUUAUUAGCCAUUUAAUUUGAAAAUGGCCACAGACGAACUUUCGUCCAAGCUCAGUCGUCGGCUCCAGAUCGAAGAAGGAGCCGAGGAUCCUGUUGCUGUGGACGUCAGCGGGUACCAGAAUGGGUCGGAAGAGAAACCGAGUACGGCCAAUGCAGACUCUGAGCUCGGCGCUAAGCUGAUUCGGAGAGAAGAGCUGAACGAGGGGCAGGGUGAGCACUGCCAGCCUAGCAUGAAGGUCUUCAACCCAUACACGGAGUUCAAAGAGUUCUCCCGAAACCAGAUCAAAGACAUGGAAAGGAUGUUCAAAACGUAUGAUUCUGGGAAAGACAACUACAUUGACCUGAUGGAGCUGAAGCUGAUGAUGGAGAAGCUCGGAGCUCCACAGACCCACAUCGGCUUGAAGAACAUGAUCAAAGAGGUGGACGAGGACCUGGACAACAAGCUUAGCUUCAGAGAGUUCCUACUCAUCUUCAAAAAGGCAGCAGCUGGAGAGCUGGCAGAGGACAGCGGCCUCAGUGUCCUUGCUCGCCUCUCUGAAAUCGACGUUUCCACAGAGGGGGUCAAGGGAGCGAAGACUUUCUUUGAAGCCAAAGUCCAGGCCAUCAAUGAGUCCAGCCGUUUUGAGGCAGAAAUCCGCCAGGAGCAGGAGGCCAAGAAGAAGCAGGCCGAGGACCAGAAACAGAGACGCGCUGCUUUCAAAGAACUCCAGUCAGCCUUCAAGUGACCACCUCCAUCUCCUCUCAGGACCUGUCGCUUUCUGUGCUGCACUUAUGCUGUCAGUUUGUCAAUGUGUCCAUGUAUGUCCGUGGUAGUACCGAGUCAAACACAGGCUCAAGGUGCCCGACAUGCUUGUCACUAUUCCAAGAUAUAUUUUGUAUAUUAUAGUAAAUUGGCACUGCUUAUUAGGGCUGGGUUUAAAAGAAAUCGAUUUUCCAAUUCAGUGUGAGUGAUCCGAUAACGAUUCAGAAACAGAUUGAUCUUUUAAGAGGCUCCGUUUUAAAAGUAGACUGAAGACAUUGGUAUCAAAUGAAACUAGACAAUCUAAGGAAUCCUCCAAAGUUAGGUGAGAUUUUGGCCAUUUAGGCCAUGUAGGGCUUUGGGUAUACUGUCUCUGCAUCACAUCCUCUGCACUUAAGAAAGCACACGUUUUUUUCUGUCUCUAUGUAACAGCUAUGGGGUCAAUUCUUAAAGACAACAUUAAUAUUUUAAUUAAUGCACCAGGUUAGAGGGUUUCUUGUACAAUUUACAGCAUCUGAAAAUCUUUUUGUACAUCCAAGCAAAAUUGGUAUCGUAACUAAAAUAUCCCUAAUCAAAUCAGUAUAUAAUUAAAUCAAAUCCAAUUGGAAAUCAAAUCGGUACUGUGAAUCAGAUUUGAAUCGAUUCAAGAAAUCACUGGUGAUACUCAGCCCUACUGCUUAUGCAGAUAAUCUUUAAAGAAUAAUUGAUUUAUCCGUCUAGAAUCGUCUUUUUUUGUAUUUUUUUCUUUUUAGCUCUGUAGUUCAGUAACACUCUCAAACAUCAAAAAUACAAGUUCAAUACAGGUUUAGUGCAACUAUAGCAGGAUUACCAAUAGAGCAGUCUAUGCUGAGCUAAAUGAAUGGAUGAAUAUUUGUCAUCCAUCCCUGACAGCUGCUUUUUACAAAAUAAAUUGUAGAAAUGAUUGUCAAUGUCCUCACUUUCCAGAGUAGUGAAAUCCUGCCUCAUAGUAAUAUUAAGUAAUAUAAAUUGCUAUGCAGUGUUUUGGUGUCAAACUCAUGGAUUUGUCACUCUAGUCGGCUUACAUAAAUGUCUAACCUGUACCUGACACAAAAUGCGCACAGCCGUUUGCUGUGUGUUGUGUCUUUUCUGUAAACUGUGGCCAAAAUAAUCCAGUAUCCAUUUCUUUAUAUUUGUGUAGACUAGUGAUAAAUGCACUUUUUCCACUGUCUUGGCUACUCUGUAUGUCAGCUUGUCUGAGAUAUAUUUGACCACUCAUUCCAGAACUCAUAUUAAAUCCACCGUGACACAAGUUAGUGUUUAAUAAUGAACAAAUAGCUGAGCUCUUUGUUUUUAUUGUUGGCUCUGUAUUUUUCUACAAUGGGUUUGGGUGGGUAUUGAGUAGAUUUUGGUAUGUGGUUUUGGGAUGGUGGUGGUUAUUCUUCAGCACAAUGUUUUUAUGGGCCCUCUUAAGCACAGCUUUAAAAUAUAUAUUUUUUUAAAUAUGGGUCUUCUUUUUCUAGUUUCAGCCAUUAUUCCUAUCCUAUCAGCUCUGUUACCAUUAUAUUAUCAAAUCCUUGUUUAUUUCAUUGUUUCACCACUAGCUGCUGUUUCAAAAAAUCAAGUUCAAAUGAAUGAACAAGUACAAAUACCCACAAGUCACAAACACAUAUGUUUGAAUUGACUGUAAUGCAACCAAUAUAUUCUAAACACAAACUAGGUUAAAGGGAUGUUUGUUCAUUAAUUUCCUUACUGUGUGAAACCUUCACAUUUGUUGUAAUGGUAAUGCAGGUGCAUUUUUAAAAGGGAGCAACCACCCUCACCUUUAUCCACAAUUAUUCCAUCUCUGAUGUUAAAUCCCAAAUGCUUUCUCACAUUACUACUCAGAAGGUUUGGUGUCAUGAUUACUUGUUCACUGUUGCUCGCUAACUUCCUCCAUUUUUGUAAUAAAGGGAACAACAAAUAGUCUGUAAUUGACAGGGCAUGCAGUAGGUCAGUAACUAGAGUGCAUUUAAUGAAUGCCUUGCAGUAACGUCAUUGAUUUAAAAAAAUAAUAAUUCAUUACACAUUACAGUGUUAAUUAGUGUCGGUUUGAUUGUAGCUCUACCUGAAUUAGCUACUUAUUAGCUGUAGAUAUAAAUGGUCUUUCACAUAUGCAUUUAUUUCAUGGAUUAUUUCUGAACAAAAAUGGAAUAGCAGGGGAACACUGGGCAACUGAAGUAAUGCAAACUUGUACUGAUGUGAUGUAUUACAGUGAAGCACUUUGUAGGUCAUGUAUCAGAAAAAUAUUCUUAUGGAUGAUGUAAUUCAACUGUAUGCCCUUGUCCUGGAUAUAUUUAAAGCAUUCACCAAACGUGUCAAACACAUCUGCCAAAUUUCACACUUUUGUGUGAUCUUCAGGAUUAUCACUUUAAAUAAACUAAAUCUAAUAUCUUUGAUUUUGGUGUCAUGGCACAGUGCAAUUUAAAUUAGGUUUAGGGCAGAUUUGUUGUCAAUGAGUGUUUGCUUUGGAGCCAUUUUAUAAAUGUAUGAGGUUAGAAACAUUUGGUUAGUGCUGUGUAAAAUAAUAUGCAAGCUCCCAUAGUGUUGAUAGUGUUAUGGUGCCGUUUGUUGAUGCAUGCCAGCACUUCACAGCACAUUGUGACUGAAAUGUUACUCAUGAAUGCUUUCCCAUGAAUUUUCAAAAAGUAUUUUAUCACAGUAUGAAAAUACUCCUCCAUUUUUAGGAUGCAGGUUUUUCUUUGAAAUUUCCUCAAAGUUCAUGUUGUUGAUAGUUGAAUUCAAAGUUGGGUUUUGCAACUUCGUUAGUGAGCUAGGAGGAACUUUGGGGAUUUCAGGGUUCAAACAUGUCUUGUGUAGAGGGUGGUCAGUGAGUAGUUGUGAUUUUUGUCAGAUGUAUCAUGUUUUUCCAUGUGAAGUGAAUAACUGUUGUUGCCUGCUGUAACAAAACACUGGUAGCUGUAAUAUUUGGAUUCUUGUGUUGAUUUUUGUGCUACUGAUUUUUUCCAAAAUUCCCUCAAGAUUCAAAAGAAGCCCCAUUUCUUUUGGAAAAUGCAAAACAAAAACAAAUGAUGAAGUGUCCUUGGUGGUUCUCCAUUGAUUGUGUCCAGGAUAUGCCAACACUGUAAUAGAGGGGUAACAGGAAACAAAAGUUUCAUUUAUUUUAAAUGUCAUUCCAUUAAAUGACGUAAAUACUGAUAAAGAAUUCCAUGAAUACCUCAACUGAAUUCUCCCAAAUCAUUGCGUAAUGUCCUUAUUGUUACCAGAAUAGUGCCAAAUGUUUAAGCUACUGUUAUUAUGCUCAGUCACAUCAAUGUGAAUGUAAAUUAUAUCUACAUUGUUAUUUAGAUAGCUGUUGGCCAUUGUCAGCAUUUUCUUUUCAUUCUUGGUACAGCAUUCCAUCAUACUACUCUCAUGAACAUUAUAGGCUGAAGUGGCAUGUAUGCAUUUUUUUCUGCUACAAUCCUUUUUUGCCACUGAGAAACAUGUUUCCAGUUGGGAGGGGAUUUGGGGGUUUCUGGGCUGGAUAACAAUCAGGGAGGGGAUUUUUUGGUAUGUUGAAAAACUGUAAUACACCUUAUGUUGAUUUCCAAUAGUAGGCCUAUGCAUCCUUUUGUCACAAUAAAUUGCCCAUAGAUUGUGCCA